AAUAGUUUUAUAAGUUGUACUUCUGUCUGUAGUGUUGUUACAAUAGAGUUUGAGAUCAUUGUGUAUUUUAAGGCUUUACAUGCAGAUGAAGUUUCCCCCUGCAGCUCCACAGAUUUUCCUGUCCCGAGACACUGAGGACAGUUAAUGGUGGAAACUCUGGUGCUGAUAUAAAGACUCUCUGCUGAUUGUGUUGGUGACACAACCUCCCCUGCUGACACUGGGGAUUACACACACACCACCAUACACACAAACAAACUGAAAAUUACAGUAUACACACACUGAGGAAAGGAGUACAUGUAUCAUAGAGUGUACAUACAGCGCAGAUUUACAUAGAAGUCUAUAUACAACCAAUUCAAACAGAGGACAAUUCACACAUGCUGGAUUUAUAGUAACCCACAGAUGCUCUAUCAGUUCAAAGUCACACACAUGGUGUUCAGCAGUGUUCAGAGGUCAUGACACCAACCUGCAGGAUUCACAGAGCAGCUGAUAGACAUCUCAGCCCUAUGGCAAGGAGGACCACACUUAAGAGGGCACGGCUUGAGUGUGGAAUGGCUGAACUUGUGAGAAUCCGUAAGAAACGACUGCAGAUCCCCAUCUCUAGACUGAGGAGCAUGCUGAAGCUGCUGGAGGAGAGCGAUGUCGACUUUGAAGAAAUCAAAAAGAAUCUGGAUUUCACUGCGUCGUUACUGGAGGGAAUAUACCUUGAUGGAACAAGGCAGUGUUUGGAGACUGAGGAUGACCUUCAGCAGCUGCAGUCGGAUGGGGUGCCUUCAGAGGUCACUGAUUGGCUGGCUUCCACCUUUACACAGAGGGUGAGACGACCUGUGCGGCGUUCAGACGAGAAACCAAAGUUUCGCAGCAUUGUGCACGCUGUGCAGGCUGGGAUAUUUGUGGAGAGGAUGUUCAAGAGGGCCUACACAGCCACCAUGCCAGACCAACCUGCACUGGUCGUAAACUGCCUCAGGGAUGUUGAUCGUUGGAGUUUUGAUGUUUUUGCUUUGAACGCAGCCAGCUCGGAUCACGCACUACAAACUCUGUUCUUCGAGCUGAUCACCAGAUACGGGCUCAACAGCCGUUUCAAGAUCCCCAUCUCAUGCUUGACAGAGUUCCUGUGUGCUCUGGAGAGAGGAUACUGCAAACACAACAACCCGUACCACAGCCACGUUCAUGCUGCUGACGUGACUCAGACACUGCACUGCCUGCUGCUGCGCUCAGGACUUGUGCACUGGCUGACUGAGCUGGAGGUGAUGGCAUCAUUAUUCGCUGCAGCCAUCCAUGACUAUGAGCAUACAGGAACCACAAACAACUUUCACAUUCACACAAAGUCGGAUUUUGCUCUGAUCUACAAUGAUCGCUCGGUGCAGGAGAGUCAUCACCUGAGUGCAGCGUUUCGCCUCCUUCAGGACGAUCAAAUGAACAUCUUCGUCAACCUCACCAGAGAGGAAAUGAUGGAGCUGAGAUCUCUGGUCAUAGACAUGGUGUUGUCCACAGACAUGUCCUCCCACCUCCUGCAAGUCAAAGCCAUGAAAUCCUGCCUACAGCAACAAGAACGGAUUGACAAGCCCAAAGCUCUGUCUCUGCUGCUUCACACGGCCGACAUCAGUCAUCCAUCCAAACCCUGGGCUCUGCACUCUCGUUGGACCAAAGCCCUGAUGGAGGAGUUCUUCAGGCAGGGCGAUAGAGAGGCGGAGCUCGGCCUGCCCUUCUCUCCUCUGUGUGAUCGAAACAGCACGCUGGUAGCCGAGUCCCAAAUAGGCUUCAUUGAUUUUAUUCUGUAUCCCACAUUCUCUUUGUUGACUGACAUGGCUGAAAAGAUUGUGAUUCCUUUGGUGGAGGAGAACCCAGGUCCACCUGAUCCCUGCAACAGACACAGUAAUCUGUGGAAGGAGAGCUCCCGAGGUCUGCAGUGGAGUCUUGCUCAUCUCACCGCUGAGCUGGUCAGUUUCCGCUCCACCUGGACGAGACACACUGAAGACAACAAGCUCAAAUGGAAAGAAAGCGGCUCUAAUGGAUUUUCAGAGCAAAGUGUGACAAAAGAGCAGAGAUCCAGACAAGAGGAGCUGUCAGAUAAAUCACCACAGGACUUCGCUACAGAUACAAAACAGAAAACUGGACUUUAAGUAUGAGAAGUGCUUUUUCAUAGAAUAUAUACAAGGUCACUGUUUGCAACAAAACCACAUUGCCUUCUUUACCCUGAAUGACUGAGUCAGAAGUGAUGAAAGAGGAGGGAGAGUGGUUUAUGGUUAACAUCAUCUUCCCAUGGUAAGAUGCACAAUAUGAACUAAAAUGUCCUCAUGUCUUAUUUUCAAUAUAGUAUAGUACCAUAAUCUCAAUGCAAAGUGUACAUGCUGGCCAUGGUAUACAGCAUAAGGCAUGUUGUUAUUAAUUUAAUUUGCCACUUAAGCACUUGUAGGGAACAUUUUACCUUUAAAAGUUUGAGCUGUACACACAAACAAUUGUAAUAUGAAAUAAAAAAUGAAAUAUGUCAAUAUAA